CAAGAAGCCCUUCUGGACAUUCGAGUGCCUUGGUAAUAUACUGAAUUUUCUGGCUUGUGUUUUUUCCGUGGAUGGUGGAGGCAUUGAUGCCCACCUUACUUCUCUGUCUACCGUAUCUGCUGCUUCUAUCGAAAGGGGAGCGUGA